CUGCGAAAGCGAAAAAAUGGCGGCGCAGGGUAAGAAGAAGAUGAAAGGGAAGACUGUCAAUCUGACAGAGUUUCUGUCCGAUGACAAAGGAGGAAGCCCUGCCCCAACAUUCUCCUCCAAUAAGAUUGAUUGGGCAGCAGAAAUGGAUUCCAAUGAUUUGGAGGACUUGGAUAUAGACAUGCAUAGAUCAAUGAUUGACCGAUCUAAGUUGCCAACCGCCCCCAAAGCAGCACGUGGUCCGGAUAUAGAUCUCAGUCGAGUUCCCACUCAGCCCCCCUACACAGCCUUCAUUGGAAACUUGCCCUAUGAAACUGUUGAAGAUCACAUUGAAAAUUUCUUCAAAAGUCUUAAGGUGGUAAAUGUGAGGUUGCCCACAGACCAGGGACGGCUGAGGGGCUUUGGAUAUGUGGAGUUUGAAGACAGGCAAUCAUUGAUAGAUGCUUUGGGAAUGAAUGACGAGAUGAUGGGAGGAAGGAAAAUGCGAGUUGACUUAGCUGGACAGUCUCAAAAUGAAAAUCAGAAAAGCGGAUUUGGAGACAGAAGAAACGAGGGUCCUGACAGAACCGAUUCGGACUGGAGAAGAGGACCCCCAACAGAUUCAGAAUUUGACAGAAAUGACAGGUACCAAGACAGAAGAGGCGGUGGUGAUAGAUGGGGAGGGGGAAGAGGGUUUGAAGAUAGGGGCCCGUCAAGAGGAUUUGAUAGAGAUGAUAGGGGCCCACCAAGGGGAUAUGACAGAGAUGACAGGGGCCCACCAAGGGGAUAUGACAGGGACGACAGAGGCCCACCAAGGGGAUUUGACAGGGACGACAGAGGCCCGCGAGGUUAUGAUAGAGAUAGGGGAUAUGACCGUGACAGAGGUUUUGACAGAGGUGGCCAGCGAGACGACUGGAAUUCCCGAAGAGAUUAUGAUGACAGGGGUCCCUCAAGGGGCUAUGAUCGUGAUGGGGGUCGGGGAUACAGAGACCGAGGAUAUGAUCAUGGAGGAGACCGUGGUGAUAGGGGCUUUGACAGAAGGUCCAGGGAUCGAUAUGAUGACAGAGGUAUUGAUAUGGGAUUUGGAUCUGGUUUUAGAAGAGAUGACAGAAGAGAUGAUGGUUAUGACAGACCUAGGUAUGACAGACAGAGAAGUCCAGAGGCUAGAGAGAUGCCUGCUGAGAGACCAAGGUUAAACCUACAGCCCAGAACCAAACCAGUAGAAAAUGAAAGUAAAAAGAAUGAAGAGGGUGCACCAGAAAAGAAGGCCUCCAUCUUUGGAGCAGCCAGACCUGUAGAUACAACAGCUAGGGAGAGAGAGAUUGAGGAGCGACUGGCCAGACAGAAACUCGAGGACUCACGGAGGACCGAGGAGGAAAAAGAAAAUAGAAACAUAGAUAGGGAUAAUAGGCCACGCAGGGAUAGCGAGAAUUCUCAAGAUGGAAAUAGACGUAACUCACAUGAGGGCAGCAGACGAGAGCGAAGACUCAGCAGCAACAGCUCAAACAAAGGAGGACGUUCAGGUCCUUCACAUGGGCGGCCCAGAAAAGACAGUGAAAAAUCCAACCACUCGCAAGAGGUGUUCUCUGGUGGGGAGGAUGGUAGGGAGGAACCCAAGAGUCCACUGUCUCCCGUACACAGAGAGGAUCCGGUGAAACUCAUGCCAGCCCCUCCCCCCACAGUUAAUGCCUGGACGAAACGAAAAAGUGAAUCAGCCCAGAAACAAGGCCCGCCUUCUGACGAUGUGAAGUCUCCGCCUAAGUCCUCACCACAGAGCAAUUCCCAAGUCCCUGCCAAGAGUGAAUCUAAGUCAAAUCCUACACCAGCAGAACCUCCAGUAACAAAUGCUUGGAGCAGAGGCAAACCAGCAGACUUAAAGUCUUCUGAAUCCUCCAAGAAUAGCACGCCUCUUAAACGACCAGAGGAGAGAGGCAGUUUCCCAGGUGAAGGAAGAGGUGGAUCCAGUAGGGGUGGGAGAGGACGAGGGACACCGACCCGUGGACGAGGAGGGAAACAGAGAGCUCCAAGAGAAAAGACUAUCCCCCAGUCUAUAGAUGAAAUGCCUAAAUUUGAAGAAAAGAAAGAACAGGUGUGGACGGGUGCCAACAAGUUUGCUGGCCUUGUUGAUGAUGAAGAAGACAAUAUGGAAUCGGCCAGGUCAAAAAUGAAUUUCUCUAUUUUCUUUGCAACUCCUAUUGUUCCUCUAUGGCCUCAGAACGAAGCAAACAAUCAGUUUAUUUACUAUAUUUGCGGAGGAAUUGUCCUGAUAUACUUUUUGGUGUUGUUUAUUGCGUCCAUAUCAAGGAGAAAUGAGGCAUGCAUUGUGGUUAUUCCUCCAAAUGAAACAUACCAUGAUGAACACCUGCUACAUAAAUACCUGCUGGAAAUAAAAACCUCACUUAGACUUGGAAGUAGUUGUCAUGCUUUGGCAAGAGUUUACAUUCAGUUGGUUGGCAAAAAGAGUUCAAGUCCAUAUUAUCCUGUUGAUGCAUUUUAUUCCGGAAGAUUUCUUUUUCAAAGAGGUUGCAAUGAUAUAUUCCUUUUAAAAGUAUCAGAUGAUCUUGGAGAAAUGGAUGUUGUUAACUUCAUAAUUGUAAAGAAUAAAAAAAGUAAUUGGAAUCCUGUUGAUGUGACAGUGAUGCAUGUAGCAAGUGGAAAGAGAUGGAAAGUCCAUCACAGCAUUAUAGAUAUAGACCAGGGCAUUUCAUGUGAUGCUGGAAAAGAAAACCAAAGUACUGGAUUGAAUCAAAGAACUGUUGGUCAGUAUUGGCAGUUGCUGCUGAUGUACCACAUGUGGCUCUCUCCUUCAACAACUCCCAUUAGAUAUGGUGCCUACACCACCAGGAUCCAUGUCCUUUUUGUAUGUUGGGUCCUUUCUGUUCUGACGUUAACGACUCUAGUGUUUUUUAUUGUAACUCCCCAGAAAAAAGACAACAACAUACUUUUAGCCAUUGGCUAUGCCUGUCUUGUAACAGUGUAUGCAACUCCAAUCUUGGGUUUUAUGAAGCUAAUUCUGCAUCUUGUCAGAUCUGGGUCCAAAGAAAAGAUUAGUGAAUACAAAAAAUCACUACAAGAAAAAUGGAGAGAAGACAAAAUAGUGUUGAAUAUAAAUAUUCCAGAAGAUAGGCAGGCUGUGUGCCAAGAUAGCACUGUGUUUCAUAGUAUUUUGACAGUGAAUGAAUCUCGGUAUAGGUCUUUCUCAGAUCAGUUUCACAGUAUCUUGACAGCAAAUGAAUCAAAGCAUAGGUCAUUCUCAGAUAAGUUUCACUCCAUUGUGUCCGUAGGUAAUGUUGUUGAGACAAGCCAAACAAACUUUCCAGAUUUUCACAGUGUUUUGACUGUUACUGAAUCGCAGGAUAAAGCUUUUUCAAAUAAGCUCCCAUCAGAUGUAUCUGUGAGAAAACCUUUGCCUUUACUUCGUAAAUCUGAGGACCGUAGUUUUCAGUCUAUUAAAUCAGACAGAGAUGAUGAAACAAGCAGUACAAGGGUUUAUCACUUGUCAAGGUCUUCUCUUCAAAUACCCAGUACUGAAGAAAAUAGUCAGAUGAAGACAUCUUCACCUCAAAAGCCUGGAACUGAGGAAAAAAGCUUGAUAAAGACAUCUUCACUGCUAAAGCCAAUUACUGAGGAAGAGGGUUUGAUAAAGUCUUCUUCACUUCAAAAGCCUGGAACUGAGGAAGAAACCUUAGUGAAGAUCUCUUCCAUUCAUCACGAAAAUUCACAAAAAAUCUCCAUGACCUCUUCCAUACCUCAGAGCAAAAUCAAGUUGGAAAAACCCAAGUCUGAGUCUGUGGAGCUUAUAAUACCUUCACCAGAGAUGACUGCCAGACAAGUAGCACAGAAUAUUGUGACAUUUGUGAGAAGAGUUUUUCAUGAAGCUGUGGGUGAUACUUUAAGGAAGAGAUACAGUGAGACCAUUGAGUGUGUGCAAAAAUCCCUGGAGAUGUUGUACAUUGCCUUGAAGGAAGAAUUGUUACCUCGUCUUGAGUCUGGAAUGAAAAAUUCAAAAGGUGAAGAAGUUUUUCUUGAUGAAGAUCAACAGAGAAGUAUCAUUUUAAGCAUGAUGAAACAUGUUAAAGAGAGAGUGGCUGUGCAUUCUAACCUCUCAACUGGAAUGGUUUUAAUGAUUUGUGAAGAACUUCUUAGUUAUUCAGGGAUGUGGGAAUUUGACAAAGAACAUAAAGUUAUGUCCAGCAAAUUUCAUGAAAAUCCAGUUGAAAAUUUGGAGAAGCUUAUGGAGUCCUUCAUCUUCAAGGUAAUUCAGUCAGCUUGUGAGACAAUUUAUCAAACACCUGUGUGCCUGCAUACCAGUCAAUAUCUGUCUAGACCUUAUUCCCUGAAAAGUGCUAUUCGGAAUGUUAUAGAAGGAGACAUUGCCAGGGAUCAUGCAGUCUACAGUCUGUGUUGUGACAUCACUGAAGAAGCAGAACAGGAAGUGACAUCAGAACAUCAAGUUCCUGAAAACGUUUACCUGGAAUUCUGUAUAAAACAAGCAAUACUGAGAAAAUUAAAAAAGAUAUGUAACAGUGGGUUAUUGUUACCUGAUGAUGAAACAAAUCUAGCAGAAAUCAGGUCCAGACUGUACAGAAAGUGGCACAGGGAGGGAUUACAAUCGGAGAUGACUUUCAGUGCACUACUUGCAGAAGUUCUCCUUUUGAAGUAUGCAGAAAGUUUGGACCAGGAGGGAGUCCUGAAGUUGUGUGACAUUCUACAAAAUGAAACAGAUUUCCAGUAUAUGCAGCAGAUGAUUAGGAGGAUACUGAUUAUAGAAGUAGACAAGAGUUUAGAUUUAACUGAAUCUUUCUUUGUUUCCUCUCAUGAAUGCCAGCAAGAUUUUGAAAGUGAAAUUGAAAUUAAGAUGAACAGGACAUUUGAGUCUUUGAGGAAAUCUCAAGAGACUUUGACCCAUAGAGUGAUCUAUGAAGAGCUUCUACAACACAGGGGAAGCUACCUUGUGUCCAACAUGCUUCAGGAAUUAGAGCAUGAAGAAAUGUUGAAACAAGCCAUACAGGACAGUGUUUUCAUAACUGUUGACAGAGAUGAGACAGAUAUGAAACUUACCGAUAUAAAAGAACUGAAGAAAGAUCUGAUUCCACUUCAACGUUUCCUGACUUUUUUGGAAAGUAGAAAGAAACACAGAGAACUGUCUUCAUCUUUCUUCCAUACAUGUUGGAAAUUUCACAAGCAUUUCAUCACAGAAGCUUACCAAACUCUGACCGAAGCUGCUUUGAUGCUAACCGAGGAUUCUGUCGACAAGACACUAACACCCAAAAUUUUGUACGAACUUGAAUGGGAUAUGACCAGAGAGAACCGCAAACCACUUGCAGGUUACUGGAUGUCACUCUUUGCGAUAUUUCUGUUCUCCACGACUCUGUUUAACCUGGUUUAUGUGGCGAUGACUGGUGCACAACUGACGGUGGAUCAGAUCACUCAAUGGUCUGCAUGUUUCCUUGUGUCGGUGCUUCUAUAUGGACUGAUUAUAGACUCAUGUAUUUCCAUCUUCCUGAUGAACUGAACAAUUAAAUGUAGAAGCGGUUAAUGAAGAAGUUAAAGAAAUUUAAUAAUUUUAUCUUUGUAGUUACCCCAUAGCCACAGAAUUGGGUUGUAUUUUUUUUAUUGCAUGAGUGUUGUUCUA